GGCGUUUAUAAAACACGCUUGACGUCGUCAUGAGCAGCAGCGAAGCCAGUUUGGUAUUUGGGGAUAUCCAUAUUCAUUGCACUUUAAGUUUUUAAAUUACUCACUUUCUUCACAACUACCUUAUCGUACUCAGACCAAGCUGACUUUAGAGCAACUCCAUCGUAUGUAUUAGUAUUGAUUUUGAUUCCCGCUACCUCCCGCGAUGGCGAUCACAAUGACGGACCGCAGCGCGAGAGAAACUUCCUCCACCUCUACCGUAACCACCACAGUCGUCCCCACUUCUACUGCCCAAGAGGACGAGAGGACGAGGAACAAAAAAGAAAGCCAAAAAACCACAGCCGACUACGACAAACUCGUGCACCAACUCACCCCCCAUCCACUUGCGGAGAAGCUCAAGUUCGCGAUCGGUUGCUCCCAACUCGCGGUCUUCGGCUGGUACACCGCUAUCAACAUCGCGGUUACCAUACGAAUUGCAAAAGCAUCGUACUCGUAUAUUAAAUGCAUUACAAAUUUCCCCUCAGCAUGAAAAAUGAAAGUUGUGAUGCUGAUUUGCCUUAAGAGAGAGAUUUGUAAUGCAUGAUUGCAAUUACUACGAGUGCGAUACUUUUGCACAGGAUAUGCCACGUUCGCCGAAUACUGCGACAAGAAGCUGUUCAAAUCCGAUUUGGUCGGGAAAAUCGGGCACCAUGCCAACACGACGUUCGGGUCAAAGUCCCGCAUCAGCAGGCGGUUUGUUCGCUACCCCGACGAGGACAGCUUCAUGGUCCCGACCUUUUUCUGGCUGGGGUUCGUUAUGAAGUGCAAAAGUAUGGUACUAGUAUCUAUAAAUUGCAUUACAAAUUGGCUCAGCAUUACAAAUCAAAUUUGUCAUGCUGAUUUACCUUGAGAAAGAGAUUUGUAAUGCAUAAAUGCAAUUACUACGAGUGCGACACUUUUGCAGUGGAUAUUCGUGUUACCGGCCUGGUUUUUCUACGAGCUGUGGUUGACCUACACGACGGAAAUGGUCUACCCCUUUCGAAUCUUCAUCUACAACGUAUUGUGAGGAAAAAUCCCCCCUCCCCAUUUCGAAAUGGAAAUUUGUGAUGCUGAUUUGUGACCACAAAUCCGCUCUGUCUUCGCCUAUAAGGCUAAUGGGAGCUGUUUGGCGCAUUCCACAGCCAAUCUGUGAUGCGCUUUUGUAUACUGUAAAGGUGUCUGCCAUGCCUAACUGCUAGCCUGUUGCAUACCGAAUCAGGCGUAAGAAGUGCCUCCAAGCACCUUCUGCAAUACAGCGGUGAUUUGCGUACAGAAAUCCAGCAAUAGAAACUUCCUUUUUUCUAUGGGGUGGGAGCUUUUUUCGCUUUGAUACAACGCCGUUCGCCUCGGUCCCAUGUACUGCAACUUUAUGUACGUGUACGUUUUGGCGCACAAGGAGGGAUAUGAACUGCAAAAGUAUCGUACUCGUAUAAAUGCAGCACAAAUUUCCUCAGCAUGAGAGAGAAAAUCUGUAGUGCGGAUUUACCUUAAGAAAAAGAUUUGUAAUGCAUGAGUGCAAUACGAUUGCGAGUGCGAUACUUUUGCACAGAAUAAGGGACACUUGAACGGGAAUCUGCUGAAUUUGAAGUUUUCCAUUCCGAUUUUGAAUCCCUUUUCCACAUCAUCGAAUAAAGCCAGUAGCAAAAAGGAGAUCAAUUUCCAGUUCCCGUUAUGAACUGCAAAAGUAUCGUACUCGUAUAAAUGCAAUACAAAUUUCCUCAGCAUGAGAAAUAAAAUUUGUCAUGCGGAUUUACCUCAAAAAAAUUUGUAAUGCAUGACUGCAAUUAGAAUUACUAUUACAUUACUACGACUACUUUUGCACAGGAUGCCCGUUCAACCACUGGGUCGGAAUGUUUCACGGCGUCGUCCCGUAUCGGAUGCAAACAUGUCUGGGUCUGGAAACUUGUAAUGCUGAGCUGGGACGAGUAGUGAACUCUCUGUAAUGCACAGGCAAGCAUGAGAAGUAUUUGCGCUGCUUAGUGUACGUAGUUGCGGUUUCCGCAUGACAAACUGCGCUUUGCAUGACAAGCAAGAGCGUCUCUUCAUGGACGCGCAUCACAAACUCUUCAGUCAUGCCAGACAAGCAUGACACACCUUGCAUCCUUCCAGACCCAGACAUAUUUGCAUUUGAUAUCUCGGGGACUUUCACAAUUUCCCACAUCUUCAACCACCACCGACACGAAAACAGUUUAUCGAAGAAAAAAACUGUGUAAGUGUAUACUUUGUGUUGCAGACGAUGCAAGACCAAGACACUUACGCCUGUCAUGCUGGACAUGCAUCAGAGGCUCUUUUCCUACGUGUUUUCACGUACUAGCUACGCAUAACAGGUUUUCUGUGUCAUGCAGAGCAAACUUGUGAUGCUUUUCCUCCAAGAAAGUUGCACUUACACAGUUUUUUUCUUGCAUACAGCUACCAGGACGUGUAUUGCACGGCGUACCGGCCGCGGGACUCCUUCAAGAACUUCGUCAAGUACCUGCCCUUAUGCAUUGCAAAUAUGUCUGGGUCUGGGAGAGUGCAGAAGUUUGUCAUGCAGAUUUCCCAUGGCCCAUGUAGUCUGUGAUGCAUGCCCGAGCGUCAGAGAUUGUGUGAGGGCGUUCCGAUGCUCAUACCGCAUGAGAAAUGCCCUCUCCGCGUAGCAAAAAUUGCGCCUCUUUUGCUAUUCAUGCAACACAGAUUUUAUGUAGAGUCCAAAGGUAGCAUCACAAGUUGCAUCCUUCCAGACAUCCAGGGAUAUUUGCAUUUGAUAGCCCUCCUGGUUCUGCUACUCGUCGAAUUUAUCGACCAUUUGGUUCUUCUUAACCGCGGAGAACAAGAAGGAGCGGAAGCAGAAAAAAGCUUUUGAACUCAUCUUCUGGACAACGUACUACUUCCUCUUCAUCCUAGCGUGCUUCAGCUUAUCGAAAUCAACCGCGAUUUUUACCUCUGCAACCUUAAUUUUCGCGUUCUUCGAGGCGAAUAUUUUGCUCGCGAUGGUGAACUGGGUCUGGCACGGGUUUAUCGAUGAGGAGGAUCCGACAAAUGCCUACGUGUAUCAAAUGCAAAAGUGUCUGGGUCUGGAAGAGUGCAUGUUUGUCAUGCUUGUCCGGCAUGACUCUCAAAUCUGUCAUGCGCGUUACCCAAGCGCGCCAUUUUUCUGUCAUGCAGAGACGUAGUUUGUCAUGCAGAAUAGGCAACACCUAGAGGCUCAGAAACUUCUCAUGCUGAGCCAGCACUUGCGGCCUUCUCAUGAUACCCCACCCAGCAUCACAAGUUUCCAGACCCAGACACUUUUGCACUUGAUAACGUGAACAGCACUACAAUUGUGGACGGGCUGAACUUCACGUUGAAGGAAGAGUAUCACGUGGUGCACCACCAGUACCUAUGAAAUGGAAAUAUGUAGUCUGGGUCUGGAAGAAUGCAAGAUUUGUGAUGCAGGUUUUCCAUGACCCAUGAGGCUUGGCAUGCAGCACCUCGCAUGACAGAUGCUGUGAGGUGUCUAUCAUGCCUAUCCUGCAUGAGAAACUUCCUGUCAACCUGGUCAAAGGCGGACAUCUUUUGGUAAUCAUGCAACACAAAUGUUUGCAUGAUCCAGACUCAGCAUGACAAGUCUUGCAUUCUUCCAGACAUCCAGGGAUAUUUGCAAUGCAUAGUACCCCGGGAUCCACUGGUCCAAGCACGAGCAGAUGUACGAGAAGCAUGAGAAAGAGUACAAGGAGAAGUGUGGUGGGAAUAAAACACAAAAACCGGCAACAACUCCGGCAGAGAAGGAACAGGAGUUGAAGCAAAUUAUCGAGAAUAACCCGAACAAAAGGAUUAUCGCCACCGGGUUUCACAACCAAAAUCUCUUCGAAAUCUUCGGGAUGAUGGUCGGGCAGGAGUAUGGGAAAUUGGCGGAUUUGUUCUACCAGCCCUUCAACAAGCAGGACUUGUCGCGGGACGAAAUUGCGGAGUUGUUGAAGAGAAGGUUACAGUACCACGGACCGGAGGUGGCACUGCGGAUCGGAGGGGUGGAAAGGAAGGACUUUUUGAACAAGAAGGGGGAAUGAUAGAUCAGUAGAGGGAUUUGUGUUGCUAGUGUUGCUAAUGAUCUUACGUUAUUCUCGCUGCCCGGUUAACAUACUGAGGCAGGGGCAGCACCACCACUUGAAGUUAUGCAAUUUUGUGAAGUUGUUGUCCAACAUGUUCAACGAAACACUAAGGCCAAGCGCGUGCUGCGCAUCAACCCAAACUACCAAAAUGCGCAGAAAUCUUGAAAGGACCGAGUUCUUUGCUUUCUCUACUGUUAUCUACUAACCAAGGCGACACUUCUUCAACCACGUUGAACAUAAUUUUCCAUCUCGGCAGCGGCAUUUGGACCUGCGACAGAUUAACUCCAUCUUCUGGCAGUUGGUCUUCAAGCCGCGCUGAGUCAGCUACCUUAUGCUUAUUUGAGGAAAUGAUCGCUUUUACCCCGCAACUUGAACAUUUGAAGAUACCGUAAAGACACAACUUGAUGUGGAUGUCUACUACUUACGCCAAACUUCUUAAUCUUAACAACUCUAGCUACGUACGAAGUGAUGCCAAAGAAACUACGUAGAGCACCAAAGGCUUUUUGCCACGACCCAUUGUGCAGAGGGCUUUUUGAAUUGACACUCAUGAUCUUCACAGGAUUUGCACGACGGAAACUAGUCUACGAAGAACUAUUGCCGUGCUUUUUGAGGGACAAGUACCAGUACGCCAAAAAUCUUCCCCCGCAGUUGGAAAGGAAAACUGGAACGAAACCGGGCUUCUAAUUUCAAGGUGAGAUGAAACGUGAGUCAUAU